AUGUCUCUAGGUGAGGUUCUUCAUCCGCCCAAUCUGGACUCUUUACUUACUAUAUAUGCAGAGAACGCCCAAGAACCGCUCGCCGGAGAUCUCCGCCAAAUUUACGACAUUCACAGCGACAACAACGGGAUUGUCGCCAUCAUCCUGGAGACGCGCCACCCGGUUGCAGCGAGCAACUCGCAUAGUACUGGCCUUCAGUGCUUGACAGCUGUUCUCAGGCGCAUAAACAGCCAUGUCAUGCUUGGUCCAGAGGGUCUCGCCAACACCCAGCACUUCCGAAGCGCAGAGGCAGAGAACCCCAUCAUCCGCUUCUCGUGGCUGAUGUUUGGGAGAGAUCCGUCCAAGAUGGAGAUGAGGUACAAGGACUGGAUGAGCACGAAGAGGGAACUUGUGAAGCGUCGCUUGAAAGUUUCUGACACCUUCGAGGCCCUCUGUACUUCCAGGAUGAUGAACCAGUCAUACUGGUCGCAGGACGAGAUGCGCUUGCUGGAGCCGAAGAUGUGUCUCGAGACCUGGCAGGUAAUCAAUGAAACCACUGAGGAGAUCGCUUCGGCGAGCUUGGUGACGCUAGAUCGGGACACAUCGCCUGAUGCGACACUGCAGCAAACCGUUGAUAGCUCCUUCGGAAUUAUCAGACGAGAAGGCAAGCGUACUCUUCAUAGGCCAGCGAAACCUUCCAUCAUCCGUGUCUUGUACAGCCCCGGGUCUGGGCCCCGAUUCUCAUUCCGGGAGCUUCGUGGCUUCAACCUCCCGAUUUGGAGAGAGACAAAGGAUAGACAAAACCCUUUUGAUACGAGAGAGCGGGCUCGAUAUGUCAUUCUGGCAGUAGUUCGGAUGAGAUGCGCUCCACAAGAUGAAGAUUUUGUCCGUUUCUAUGCAGCCCACGGGCCAGAAAUCGUCCCGGAGUAUGAAGAUAUCCCCUGUGUCGAUACUGACUGGUCGGUUGAGGACGAGAAUCAGAACCGCUAUAUGCUGUUCUAUGGCCCCCCUGGCCAUGGCACUAGCCUCAACGACCCAUCCGCCUUCCCAGAGAUAGCAAGGCCCUUGGUCAAGGACGAUGUUGAAUCAAGAGCCAUUCAUAGCCUUUUCAACAAAGGGAUGAAGCCUUACAUCGAAAAGGCAAUGGCUAGUCGAGCUGCUGCUGUGGAACCUCAGGCUUCGGAAGCAGGAGAGACUCCUGAACCCGGGGAAGUCCAUGAGGGUUCACAGAGACAAACAGCCCCGGCGUCGCCCCGUUCGUCGCGACAAGAACAGGGGGAGACUCGAUUACCUGGCCGAAUGGGCAACUCAAAUCGUCGCUCACGCCAUUCCAGCGAUGGGCAGGGUUCGAGUCGUCCGGCCAAGAAGCCUCGGCACAACUCCAACUCCAACCCCAACUUCAUGCCUGUUGGUCCAUCCCGAAUGCCUAGGCGGGAUGAGAACCGUGACUAG